AUGGAUUCUACGAAUCCCUUCUUUCAGUCUUCUUCUUACUUAAACCUGCUUAACAGUCAAGAAGAAGGUGGUUUAAAUGAAAACUUUCGUUGGGAAAGUUAUCCACCUUCUGGACAGAGCUCCCAACCUUCUCCUCAUAGCUCCCAACAUUCUCCUCACAGCUCCCAACCUUUUCCUCACAGCUCCCAACCUUCUGAGGCGCCAACUCUUUCGCAAGAAACACCAUUGGAGCGCAAGGAGAUAAAGACAUGGACACCUGCUGAUGAUGAAGUUUUGAUAUCCGCAUGGCUCAACACUUCAAAAGAUGCCAUCGUUGCAAAUCAACAAAAGGGAGGAAGCUUCUGGCAAAGGAUUCAAAAAUACUAUGCUGACACUCCUCAUGCUAGAAAUGGUGGUGAACAGAUGUUGGUGACACAUUGCAAGCAGCGUUGGCACAAGAUAAAUGACCAAACUAACAAGUUCUAUGCGGCAUUCGCAGCUGCAGAGAGACUGAACAGCUCUGGUCAUUCGGAAAAUGAUAUCUUAAAGAAUCCUGCAACGAAGAGGAAACAAGCUACUGAAGGUUCACAAUCAUCAAGCUGCAAUGUUGAGGAGUAUGAGAAAAGGCCAGAAGGGAUCAAGGCUGCGAAGGCGAAGAGGAACAAUGCUCAGUCCACAAACGUGAAGACUCUUGCUGAGUAUAAGAGCAUGUGGGAUGUCAAGAAAGAGGAAUUGGCUGAAAAGGAGAAACUACAGAAGCUGGCCAUCCUAGACACUCUCUUAGCCAAAAAAGAACCCUUGAAUGCGAGUGAAGAAGUUAUCAUGAACAAGAUAGUGUCCCAGUAUUUCUGA